CCUAAGUGAAUCCCCCCCCCCCCCCCCUUCCUCCCCACUCGCGACACCUACCGAACGAGAGCCAAAAUUCUGCAGAAGUUCGGGAUGUCGAGCGCCAAGCCCGAGCUCUGCGUGGACCUGAACGGCUCGACCCUGGCCUGGUCGGAGGGGAAGUCCUCGCGCAAGUACGUGUUCCAGGUCUCCACCGUGCUGGGUCUCCAGCUGCUCCUCCAGGCAGACGCCCAGGACACUUCCCGGGACUGGUUCUCCUCCAUCGACCAUGCCAUCCACAGACUGGCCGAGACGAUUAAUCAAGGCUCCCCGUUCCAUUCCCCGCACGGGGAGAAGCCGAGGAAGGCGAACCUCACCCGGUCCAAGUCCACGAAAGGUGAGUUUUUUUUCCCGCCAUGGGGGAGC